AUGUCUGUUCUCACUAUGGUUCAGCGCAUAGAAGCCGAAAGGGAAGACCGUAAACUUGGCGAGAUCAAAGAGCUCAAUUUGGAAGGGUGUUCUGCCACCGAGGUUGAAGGCUUAACUGAUGAGUACACGUGUUUGGAGAAACUCAACAUGUCUAACGUUGGUUUGACAACCCUUGCUGGCCUCCCCGCUCUGCCGGCUCUGACACAUCUGGAUGUUUCAGGUAAUCCAAUUUCUGCAGGUCUUGAGGCUCUGACAAACUGCCCCAGACUGGUUUCUGUUAAUCUUUCCGGCAAUAAGUUGGCGGCCAUUGCCGAUUUGGCCCCUCUUGCCUCGUUGGAAAGUCUGUCUCAUCUUGAGAUGAGCGACUGCGAGUUGGUGAGCGUGGAGGGUUACCGGAAGGAGGUCUUCGCUCUCCUACCGCAUUUGAAGUUCCUUGACGGUUUGGAUCAAAGCGGCGUCGAGGAGGUGAAUGAGAAAGUUACUGGUGAGGUUGUCAAUGGGCCUAAGAAUGGGCAUAUAAUUCCUACUGCUAACGAAGAGGCCGAUGACGAGGACGAUGAGGAGGAUGAUCAAGGUGAGGAUGAAGAUGAGGAGGAUGAGGAAGAGGAAAUUGGGAUUUCUGCUCUUCAGGGUAGCAAAGAUCUUGAGGAUGACGAGGAAGACUACGUGCCUGGUAAUGGAGACGAGGAUGCAGAGGACGACGAGGAAGAUGACGAAGAAGACGAGGAUGAAGAGGGCGAGGGCGAAAAUGUGGAAGAGGAGGUCGCGAACUUGUCGGGUUCUGGUGUCACGGAUUCGCGACGAGCUCAGAAGCGACCUGCCGAUGACUCCGAUGCCGUUGGCGUCAGCGAGGCAAAGGUUGCUGCUACGGAGGACAAUUAA